CGUACGUCUGUAUAAGGAGGCAGGUGCAUAGGAUAGAAGGAUUCAUCUCAUCGUCGCCCUUCGCCUGUGCUGAAAGCGCGCAGAGCCGAAGAAGAACGAGCAUAUUAGAAAGAUAGAUUGAUAGUGGCGGGAACUGAAGUGGAAAUAAUUCCAAUUAAAAGGAAAACAAAAAACAAAAAUCUUCCAUCUUCAAUUUCGUGGGCGUGGGCAGGCCGAGGCUUCUGUUCUGAUUCCUUUGUCUCUCUCUGGCUUUUCGGACGAACCCUCGAAUUGGAUCGGAGGAAAAGAGGUAAGAAGAAGAAGAAGAAGAAGAAGAAGAAGAAGAAGAAGAAUAUGUCCGAAGCAGAAACCCUAGGCAUUCUCGACGAGCUCGAAGCUCUCGUCUCCGACAAGCUUCAAGUGGUUUCCUACAAGUGGUUGAGUCUCACUUUCUUGUUAUCAUCAGAUACUUCAAAGAGAUUGCUUCAGGAGUUUGUUCAAAGUCAUGAAGAUGGCUUGCAAGUGGUAUACUCUUUGACUGGAUGCUUAAAGAACAAUCCUUCGAUUUACCAUGUCAGGCUUGUCCCUGGGCCUGAACUUGAAGAUGCCAAGCAAGAUUUCGAUGGCUCUUGCUCGGUUCAGGUCUAUAGCGUCCAAGCUUGUAUGCCAAAAGAUCCAGCUACAAUUUGGAAUUCCGAAUCUGUGCAGGCAAAAGAGCUCUUUGGGCAGCCUUCUUCUGUUGAAAAUUGCUUAAGAGAUAAUAGGUUUUGUGGAAUCUCCAACUCAUUUGUUAGGCGCAAUGCUGAAGGAACCUCUUUUGAUAUUACCGGACCACAAGUGAAUGGCUUGAGGGCCUCUGGCUCCUCCAUUAAAUCUACACAUAAAAAUGAAACUGCUCCGCCUCCUCAGCUGAAAAAGCUUCAGCAGACUAACCAAAAAGAUGUUCAGCAUUCUUCCAAUGUUGCUGAAGAUGUAAAGAGUGAAGCUGAUGCUUCAGCAGAUCUCAAUCAAUUUGGCAAGCCUACUGCAGAUAAAGGAAAUACUACUUCCUUGCCUGCUGAUAAAAAAGUAGGCCAGAACAAUAAGGCCACUGCAGUGGCUGGAGGUUCUUUAGCAAAUCUGUGGGGCCGUGCAUCCACUAAAUCAAAAGACUCGAAACCAGUUGGUGGCUCUGCAGGAACUACUGCUCCAGAUUCCACUGCCAGUGCAGAGCCACAAUUAUGCGCUCGUGAGGCAGCACAGCUGAGCAGCGAUGACGAGGCUGAAGUCAAUUUUAGGAGAGCCUCCCACGGUGAAGCUGGAAGAAAAAGGAGAGUUGUUUUUGAGUUUUCAGACGAGGAAAAUGAGUAUGAAGAUGUAGUCAAUUUAGCAUCCCCUGAUAUUCCUAAGGCACAGUCUUUUCUAGCUUCAGGAGAAGAUCAACGGAAUGAUAAGAAACCAAAAUUAGACUUUGAUGAGGGCAAAGAUCAGCCCAAAGUGAAGAAGGAAAACUCCAUUGCCAAUGAAUUGCACCAGGAAGAAAUUUCUGCCCAUGAUGCUGGUAGAAAAACUGCCAUUUCUACUGUUGAGAAAAUGCAAAGUAGUGAAAGUAAUUCAAAUGGUAAAAGAACCGAUGCUGCUCCAACUUCACCUAAGAGAAAGAAAGUGUUGAAGACACGGAUUGAUGAGCGUGGAAGAGAAGUAACUGAAGUUGUUUGGGAAGGCAAGGAGACGGAAAAGAGUAAAGCGGAUUCUUUUGCAAUGAAGAAAGAAAACAAUGAAACUAAAACUGACGCAGGAAACAGGCCUCCAGCAGCAAAGAAGCCACCAUCAGCAGUUCCUUCAAAUGCGACAGGCAAGGCAGGGAACAAGAAAGCUGGAAGCAAAGAUCCCAAGCAAGGGAAUAUACUCUCAUUCUUUAAGCGAGUUUGAGAUAGGCUUUUUCAGUAGUUAGUUUGAUGAGAUUGCAUGACAGAGGGGAUUGUAAAUCUAUCAGAUCUCGUUUCUUGUAACUCAAGCCCGAACGACUUAAUUCUUUUGUUUCAACUUUGAGAUGUUACCUUUCAAUAGGUGCCGGUGCCACUAAUUUAAUUUAUCUUCUCUCUUGAAUGUUCUGUCCAA